AUGGUGAGGGCUAUGGAUUCGCCUUUCACCGCAGCAAUACUAGAAUGCCCUGUGCCGUCAAAGUUUCGCUUACCUCAACUUGAGCCAUUCGACGGACUCAAAGACCCACAGGAUCAUUUUAAUACCUUUAAGACGACCCUAGGUCUUCAGCAACCACCCGACGAGAUACUGUGUCAUUCCUUCCCAACCACUCUCAAAGGAGCUGUAAGAGAAUGGUUCAUGAAGUUGCCUACCUCGUCCAUAGACAACUUCGAUCAAUUAAGUAGUGCCUUCUUGUGCCAUUUCAUAGGGGGGCAACGUCCAAAGAGGCCGGUAGACUACUUACUCACCAUAAGACAAGGAGAGAAGGAAACUCUGAGGUCGUAUAUAAAACGAUUCACCCGGGAGACUCUGGAGGUGGAUAAAGCCGAUGACAAGGUCCAGCUGACGAUCUUUAAGGCAGGGCUAAGGUCCAGAGAUCUCGUGUCAUCCCUCGCAAAGAAUCCACAAAAAACAAUGGCAGAAAUGCUCCUAAAAGCGCAGAAGUACAUGAAUGCUAAAAAUGCUUUAGCUGCCAUAAAGGAUACCAAGAAGCUAGGCGACAAGACCAAGAGGGUAGACGACCGUAGGGGAUCAAGGAUGAGCAUUAUCUCAAAUGGCCCAGACCAUUGCACUCGUCCCCCAAUGUCUGUGACAAAGAACAAGUAUCGCCGGUUCCACAAAAAUCACGACCACAACAUAGAAGAUUGCAAAGACCUAAAGGAGCAAAUAGAGGAACUAAUACGGAAAGAGAAGUUACAGAAAUAUGUGAAGAAAGGAGAAUAUAGCAAGUUCAAGGACGACACUAAAAUCUAG